AUGAAGACUUCCCUUAUCACGGUCAUCGCUGCUCUGGCCUCCUCGGCCAUGGCUGCUCCUGCUGGCAGCCACUCUGAUGUCAGCAUCCUCAAGGAGGCCACCUCCACCACCAAUGCUAUUCCCUCAGUAUCUCCAGUCCCCUCUUCGGACGCCAGUGGUCACAUUGUUCAGGAUGUUGGCCAUGGUGUGAACCAGGUCCUCACUGUCACUGGCACUGACGGGAAGAAGCUCCUCAUUGAGCUUAGCCCCAAGGUUGCUGGUCUCCUUUCCGGCCUCGGCCUUCCCGGUGUUGGCGUCCCUGUCGGUGAGGUUGUCAAGACCGCUGCCUCGGUCGGCGACGUGAUCAAGGGCCUUGGUUCAGCUGUUGACGGCCUCCUGACCGUCGUCAGCAAGGACGGUAGUGCUCUCUUGAUCAAGCUGUCUUCUGACAUCGCUGGCCUUCUCUCUGGUGUUGGUCUCGCUGGUGUCGGGAUUCCUAUUGGUAGCACUGUCGCUACCCUUGGUGAGAACCUGAAGCGCUCCGCCGAUGGCCAGCUCGUUCAGGAUGUUGCCCCCGAGGUGCAGGAUGUCCUCGAGGUCACCGGUACCGAUUCCAAGCGUAUCCUCAUCAAGCUCAGCCCCUCCGUCGCCUCUCUCCUCGCCGGCCUUGGCCUCCCUAGAGUCGGUAACUCUGCUGGUCAGAUCAUCAAGACCGCCGGUAACGCUGGUGACCUCAUUAAGGACGUCGGCGAGCCCGCCAAGAACCUCCUCACAGUUGUUGCCCAGGAUGGCUCUUUCCUCCUCAUCAGGCUCUCCCCUAAUGUUGCAGGCCUUCUCACUAGUCUCAGUCUGCCUGCUCUGGGCACUGCCGUUGGCAAUGUUGUCGCUACUCUUGGCGCCAACCUGUAA